AUGUCCAGCAACAGUGCAGAACCCAACAAGUCCACUGGUCAAUACCACUCGUUGAAGGGCACAGUGGUCGAGGCCGUCGGCAACCUCACGGGUGCCGAGUCGUGGCAGGAGUCCGGGAAGCAGGAGCAUGCACAGGGCGAGGCUGAGUACAAGGCCGCCGAAGCAAAGGGUUACGCCGAGGGAACGGUAGACAGAAUCGGAGGGAAGAAGGACAGCAUCAUUGGCGCAGUGACGGGCGACAGCACCCAGCAGAACGCUGGCAACCUACGCAAGAACAAGGGGGAAGCACAGCAGAACAUCAACUCCUGA